UUGGUAUAAAGUAUUAAAUUUUGUGAGAUUAGGAAUGGGAUUGGUAAUGAGAUUGAAACUGAAAAUAAGGAUUUAAAUUCAUAUUUGGUUUGUGAGAUUAAAAAAAAAAAAAGGCAACAAAAACUAGCUACAAGACUCAACUAGUCUCAUCUUUCUCCUUCUUGGCUUCAACUUGUGUCUGCUCUAUCUUCCUCCUUCUUAGCUUCAUUCCUCACGCCCACAAUCUCUCUUUCACACCCACGUUUGUGCUUGGUGCCAUUGCAACUGUCCUUUACUUGAGUCUUUGUGUCAGCGAUGGUGGCCAACAAGUAGUUUAGAUCUGGGUGAAACAUUUAGGCUCGCGACUCCAUAUCUCUAGAUCUGCUAGUUCUAGUGUUGCCUUUCUUCUUCAUCUUCCUAGUUCCAGUGUCGUUGUUGUGCCUGUGGGAAGCACGAUGGAGGAGACCAGCGGAUGGUAGUGGCAGAGAUGUGAGAGGCAAGGGGUGGAGGGUAGAGGGAGAGACGACAGAGACGGGAGAGAUGGAGGGUAUUUUUGUCAAAAAAUAAUCAAUCCCAAGAUUGAUUUUCCGGUACCAAGAGGUGGGUGGUAUUGGGUAAUCCCACCUAGAUAAGUUUGGGCUUGGGAUUAAAAUCCUUAUUCCCUCAUUCUAAACAUAAAAACUUGGAAUUAAUCAGUGCUAAUGCCAAUUCUACUCCCUCAUUCCUUUGUACCAAAUAGGGUUGUGUUGAGGGACUAUGAAUCAUUUAUGCUUUGUUUUAGCUAACAUAUGGUCUAAAAUCUAUUCAAUCAAAGCCUUUGAAUUAGAUUGUAACACAAUGCAAGAGAAACCCAAAUCCCUCAUGAAAUUAAGGCUUUUUAGAAUAGCCCACUCCUCAGCGUCUUGAGCAUUGCAAUGGCCUAUAAAAUUUGCAAAACCAGCAAUCCAACUCCCAUGACAAUCUCGAAUUAAGCCUACAUAAUUAUUCUUUGGUGACAUUGCUCCCUCAACAUUUAGCUUUACCCACUGGGACAGAGGAGGAUGCCAUGUAGAAGCUUUAUAUAAACUAACUGUUAUCCAUUUUCAAAGGAUCAGGGCAUAUAGUAAAAUUCUUCUUAACAUUCAUAAUAACAAUCAACGUUAGGAUUAGCACUCAAAUUCUUCUUCAAAUUCAAUGAAACCCAAUCAGAUAAUAGAGAAGCAGUAAAGAACUGAAUUCUAAAUCUAGGACGAAGAUAUUUCAACCAUACCUGAGAAGUAUAACCACAACCUCUAAGGAUGUGAAGAACAUUUUAUACUUCCUUUUGACUCCUCCAAUCACUAUUGGCAAUUUAUUAUGAAAAACCAUCCAAAUGAAGAUUCUUUUGGCUCCUCUCCACUUCCAAAUGGACUCAUAAACAUGGCCGUGAUUAGUGAUUGCAGGCUUUUCUAUUGCAAAACAAGCAGUUAAAAAACAAAAAAAAAGUAAAAGUUGAGAUAUUGUAUAUGGCAAACUUAAAAUAAUUGGGCCUAAUGUAAUCCAAAAAAAAAUUGGGCUUAAUUGCGGCUUAUGGGCCCACCUUGUACGGGCCUAAGACUAAGAGUGGCAAGUCCCGAUAAAACUUGAAAAGAGUGACUAUUUCCGUUAGUAUAAGUUUGAAGCGAAGUGAGGCAAGCUAAAAACCCGCCAAAACGAAACUGAAGUCAAGAAAACUACCUUCUCAGUCUUCAAGAAGCUCUCGAUCUCGCCCUCAAUGGCGUCUAAUCUGCCUCCGCAAUGGGUUGUCUUCAUACUCACCGGAAUACUCUUUCUUGCUAGUUCCGUCAACUCCAUCCCUACUGAGGAAUUAGAUUCCAUGCUUGACACUCUACGGAUUCGAGGUUACGAGCUCUUCUGCAACGCUAUUGUCACCUCCGACCUCCAAAUAGAGAUUCUCUACGGCAAAAACGACACCAGAAGCCACCGUUCCUUCACCUUCUUCGCUCCCAUGGAUUCUUCCCUGUUCGCCCUUGACAUGACCCAAUCGGCGACGUCUUACAUUGACACCCUCCGCUUCCACAUUGUCCCUCGCCGUCUCUCUAUCACCAAUCUACUCGGACUCCCAGCCGGUUUUUCUCUCCCCACCCUCCUGUUUCGUCGUUACCUCAAUGUUACCCAAAGCCCAGAUCGGUCUCCGUUGGCGGUGUCGAUGUCACUUUUCCCGGUCUAUUCUAUGGACGCCAUGUCGCCGUUCACGGCCUUAAUGGCAUUAUCAGUCUUCGAUCGAAUACAGCCACUGAAACUGUCUCUGGUUUUCAAGUUGGUUUUCCUAAUCGUCGGUCUUCUCCUCCAAGAAGUGGUUUCAGUUCCUCGGAGAGUCAUUCGGUUAUGGCUCCGCGUCCGACCGCCCGCCCUCCAGGGGAGAAUAUUCCUCCAGUUAAUAGAAAGGCUCACGCUCCUGCCCGUGAACCCGCUAAUGCUGAUAGCCAUUUUCAAGCGGCGUCGCCGUUUCAUCGAGCGAUUCAUCCUCCAGAAUCUGACGAAUUGGAUCCUCUGGAAAUGAUUCAUGUCCCGGAACACAGCCGUUCCCACGCUGCUUCGCCGUUUAAUCAAGCGGCUUAUCCACCGAAACCUCAUGAACCGAAUUCUCUAGAU